AUACCGCAUUGCACCGUCCUUUGGUAACUUCCCAAUCAUGUCACGCUCAACAUGAUCCAUCGCAUUUCAGCCGCUCUUCUGGCUGUCGCAGUUGCGGUCGAUGUGACAGCACCACUCCGUUCUGGUCCCUUGGUCUGGCAUUUGCAGUGGGAUUCCAUGCUCGUUUUGGCUGAGACGGUGCUUCGAGAGAGGGUGGAAGCGGAACUCUUUCAGUCCUUUGCUCGUCUCCGUAAGCGAAUUUUUCGCUGGUCACCACAGGUUUGGGCCUCCGCUGGCCUUUCAGAGCUGCAGUCAGAAAUGCAAAGCACCUGGCAGAGCGAUUCUGCGUUUCACAUGGCGGCAGAGGACAAUCUGGGCCUACUACACUUGCUUCGAGAUUACUUAAAAGGACUAGAAGAAGACUGGAAACAAAUGAGCCUUGCUGUGGUCGAAUGGAAUGGUGAAGCUCAACGCGUGGCUUCACAUGUCCCUGUGAAUUUUCAGAUUCUCCUCAAGCAGGCGUCUGUUUUGCAGGGCUUGUUGGCAGCUUCACCCGGAUUUGCUGAGUGCCUAGAGCAUGUUUUAAGAGAAGCCCGCCAAAGUCGUCCAAGCAAUUCAGUGUACGAAAGUGCAGUGUGGUAUGUGCAGACUGCGCAGUGGAAAGGGCCUUUAUACCCAAAAGUCUCCGUAUUUUCUGCACGGCAGGUGCCAGAAUUGGGUCUCAGCCAGUUGAUGCGUUCCCUGACAAAGCUGCUGGAAUCCCUCGAUUGGCUUAAAGAAGUUGAGGAGCAACUGUUUGAAGUUUCUGAUGGGUGUUUGGGUCCUCAAGCUGUGUAUGAAGGGACCGAUGGGACUCUUUCUUGCACACACCUUGCCAAAGAAUUUGCUCGACUGCGUGCUUUAGUCAUUGGAUGGAUGGCUGUCCCAGAAGAGUUUUUGCAACACUUCAGCCGAUGGCAGUUUUCAGUCGCUCCUAAUGUGACCCGUCUUGAAGCGCUCACCCUCAUCUUGGAACAGGUUUUUGCAUGUCAAUACGGAUCAGGUUUGACCGACACGUUUGACCGAAACGGCACCAGCGGAUCAGGUUCCACUUUGGAUCAGAUCGCCGCAGAUGACAAAGCAAGCCUUGAUGAGGAAUACCAUUUGUUCUUAUUGGCCACCCAACGGUUGCAAACCGUGGCUCAGAGCGGCACCAGGCGCACGGAACCAGCGCUGGAGUCUGGUUCUUUGAUUAAAGAGUUGCUUGAUCUGAAGUUUGUCAUCCACUUGGUCUUUGAUGAAGCCUCCACAUGGGCAUUUCGAGUCAAAACUCGUGGAAAUGGUCUUCAGCUUCGGCUAGAAGAUGUCGCAGGAAAGCUCAGUUUCUUGCACACUGCAUUGCAACUUGUACCCAACUAUCGAACUUUAGCAUUCCAAGAAAUUCAUUCUGCUGGACAUUGGGGCAGGUCAUCUUCAGGUGGUGGAUCUUCUGAAGGAGCUACAUCGACUAUUGCAGAGAAGUUCUUGAAGUUGAUGCAGAAGAGAGAGGAGAGGAGGGUAGAGAGGAAUCUUCCUAGCAUCUCUGUUUUGGACAUUGGAUGCGGGUGGGGCGAAUGGCUUCCAUCCAUGUUACUUGAAGCAAUUACCACUGGAGCACUCCAGAAGGCAUCUGUGAAAAGAAACGGCCAAAAGAGCGACGGCAAGGCAGAGAAUACAGAAAGCUUCUUCCGCUAUUGGGGCAUCGACAUCGCAGAAAAGCCAAUCAGUGUCCUGCGUGCUCGCUUUCAGCGUGCUGGGCACUCUGGGGACGCCUUUCACUUUGUGGCAAUGGAUGCAUGCCGAGAUGAGUUACCUGGUGAGUUUGAUCUUGUUGUAGUGCGGCAUGUGUUCCAGCAUUUGAACCUGGCAGAUGCAUUCAGCCUUCUUCGGAAUCUGCGACGCACUUAUGGGGCUGGAAGGCUGGUGGAAGAUCCUGUUCUUGGUCCAGAUGAUCAUUGGGAUCCUGUUCUGGAUUCCAGAUCUCUUCUUUUGCUGUCCUCUUGGCCAAAAGAAGAUGGAACUUCGAUGAAUCAGGAUCUCAUCGGUGGCUCUUCUGCCUUUGACUCUUUGUCACCGAGCUACACACGUUCGCGCUUCAAGGGCUAUGACUUACGGAAAGCUCCUUUCAACCUACCUGAACCACUUCAAGUAUGGCAAGAGAAAUCGGGUGAAGAGCUGUUGCUUUACUCCGCCACUGUACUGAAUUCCAUUGAUUUUGCGGAUGAAAAGCAUUGCAGAUGCACUUUUUGGGACUUCUGUCCGCGGGUGUUGAGAGGACCAAUGCCAGGCGGGUGGACAUCAAGCCGAGCUCCAGAUGCCAGCGAUUUGGAGGUUUGGAAGAAGGUCAUCACUGACGUCAAUAAGGACUUGUCGAGCUUUGGGCAGCCAACGGAAGUUUCAACCCAAGUAGUGGCCGGGCUGAAGUACAAGUUUGGCUUCCAGAAUGGCGCAGAAGUGACCGUGUAUUCCAGACCAUGGGAGAAGCACCUGGAGGUCCUGGAGGUGAAAAAGGGCACCUCCCUUGAUGCCCAGGGUUGGUCCAGCGUCUUCCAUGGGCCGCUCACCACGAAAGAGGCCUUUCUGAAGAGUCUUGUGACUCAAAAGCUUCGUGGCUACGUUCUGAGUGAUACUGGUCUGAACGCCUUCGCUCCGACGGCACGUGAGGAGUUUGAGGUGCUGCUCAGCCAGUUGAAGAAGCAGACGUGGCUUUGCGGAGGUCUCACAGGACACGCCUGUGAUGCGCCAGACACUGCGCCCUUGUUCCAAGAAGACUGGCAAAGAGUCGUGAAUGACCAUGAUGCCAACAAGACGGCCCAAUUUGCGAAGCAAGUGGUGCGAAUGCGGGGCAUGGAGGUGCAAGAUGAAGAAGCACUCAGAACUUGGGCGAGGUCGCAGAAACCGGGCAGUCGCUUUGAAGCAGCCUUCGGGGAGUUGACGGAAGCCCCCGAUGCCCUGUGUGGUGGCACCGCGACACCGUGCAAGACCUCUCACACCACAGGUGAGCUCACAGGGCUGCAGCAAAGAGCCGUGUGGACCGGAACCCUGGCCUUCCUGGCCCUUUGCGUGACCGUGUGUGUCCUGGUGAUCAUUGCCUAUGCUGUGGUGCAGGAAGACAAGCGGAAGUCCACCAGCCACGAUCUUCAGAUGCAGGUUAGAAAUUCCAAGUUGAAGUACCAGCACUCCUUGGCUCUGCGCGAGAUGCAGUCGAUCCUUCCGCAGGCCAAAGCCGCAGCUCCGGCACCGCGGGGCGCGGCGCCGGCCGUCGGCUACAUGGCAGGCUAUGCUGGCUACGCCCCAGUCAUGGCCACCCAAAGCCAUGCUACUGGAGCUGCACCAGCUGCUUCCACCGUGGUGUCCUUUUCGCCCACCGCGCCCGCUCCCGUUUACUCUCGAGGCCUUGCACCAACACCUCCAACGGUGAGCAGGGGAACAGCAGUCCUGAGCAGCGAGCAGACACUGAAACCUGGGUGUUGA